ACUGCACUUUACCUUUUCUAUUACAAGAAAAUAUUUUUUAUUAUCUUAUUCCAAGAGAAAAUGGCAAAAGAAAACGUUUGACCUUGCAGUGUGGGCAGUUUCCUUGUCCUAUUAUGAGAGGAUCAAAUUGGGGGAAAAGUAAUUUAUUUGGGUGAUUUUAUUUGUGAGGAUAGGAUAGUUCCCCUCCUGAAGAUAAUGUGUACAUUUUCUAACGCAUGCAUUUAAAUGUUUAAUUUAAACAAUUUUUCAUUUGUUUUCUUUUACUUUCACUUUUUAUUUUGCAUUUAACAUGCCUAUGAAACGGAAUACAGGAAGCCCGAUCCAGGAUGGACAAUUUCUUCAUGUUCAUUCACCAUCAACCAAUCAUUUCUGCAGUGCAUCCGAAGAGCUCAUGCACACCACUUUAUCUAACGAAAAAUUACGCAGUGCUUUCCAUGGACAUUCAAUCUCAAAGUUUGACGAGGAAGGUGAUUUGGGAAUUAAAUCAGAUGACAGCAAUGAGACCCCAUCUUCUGAGGAGGACCAGGACCUCCUCGAGUAUUCUAAAGAUUUGGCUUUCAACCAGACGACCCCGAGGAAAAGCAUCACUCAGAUCAUCAAGGACAAGAAGAAACAGACUCAUUUGACCCUUCAAUGGCUGGAUGAAAACUACACUGUUUGUGAAGGGGUUUGUCUGCCCCGUUGCAUCCUGUAUGCUCACUACCUAGACUUCUGUAGGAAGGAGAAACUGGAUCCAGCCUGUGCUGCUACAUUUGGCAAGACAAUUAGGCAGAAAUUUCCACUUCUUACAACAAGAAGACUUGGGACCCGAGGUCAUUCAAAAUAUCAUUAUUAUGGGAUUGGCAUUAAAGAGAGCAGUGCCUAUUAUAACUUGGUGUACUCAGGAAAAGGCUUGACGAGAUUUUCAGGGAGCAAACUCAACAAUGAGGGAGGGUUCACUCGGAAAUACUCCCUCAGUUCCAAAACAGGAACUUUGCUUCCAGAAUUCCCAAGUCCACAGCAUCUAGUGCUUCAAAGUUCCAUCUCUAAAGAGAAGGUGGACACGCUCAUCAUGAUGUACAAAACACAUUGUCAGUGCAUCCUGGACAAUGCCAUCAAUGUCAACUUCGAAGAGAUACAGAAUUUCCUGAUGCAUUUCUGGCAAGGAAUGCCCGACCACCUCUUACCCCUGCUGGAGAACACCAUUAUCGUGGACAUCUUCUGUGUGUGUGACUCUAUACUAUAUAAGGUUCUGACAGAUGUCCUGAUCCCUGCUACGAUGCAGGAGAUGCCUGAAAGUCUCCUGGCAGACAUCCGUAACUUUGCCAAGCACUGGGAACACUGGAUGGUGUCUUCUCUGGAAAACCUCCCAGAAUGCCUCUCAGAGAAGAAGCUCCAGAUCGCACGCAGAUUUGUGUCCUCUCUAAAACGUCAGACCUCCUUCUUACACCUUGCCCAGAUUGCAAGACCAGCUCUUUUUGACCAGAAUGUGGUGAACUCAAUGGUGGUGGAUAUAGAUAAAGUGGAUUUGAACAGCAUAGGGUCACAAGCCCUUCUCACCAUCUCAAGUGGAGACCAAGACUCUGACCUCUACUCUGAAUAUGACUCAAUAACAGUGUUCCAAGAGCUGAAAGACCUACUGAAGAAGAAUGCCACUGUGGAAUCCUUUAUCGAGUGGCUGGACACUGUUGUGGAGCAGAAAGUCAUAAAGCCUGGGAAGCAGAACGGACGGUUCAUAAAGAAGCGAGCUCAGGACUUCCUCCUCAAGUGGAGUUUCUUUGGAGCACGUGUUAUGCACAACCUCACGUUGAACAACGCCACCAGUUUUGGUUCGUUCCAUCUCAUCCGCAUGCUGCUGGAUGAGUAUAUCCUACUGGCUAUUGAGACACAAUUCAACAACAACAAAGAACAAGACCUUCAGAAUCUCCUAGAUAAGUACAUGGGAAAUGCAGAUGCCAGCAAGGCGGCAUUCACUGCCUCCCCCAGCUCCUGUUUCCUGGCCAACCGUAACAAGCCCAGUGCGGUGUCCAGUGAUCUGUCUGUGAAGAACGAGUCCCUCUCAGAACACGCAUACAUGACCCUGUCAGCCAAUCAUCAGCAGGCUCCGGGAGCAAACAUGGCCAUCUACCAGGGCUCUGAAACCGAUGGAUUCUGCCUAUCAGGACAAAUGGACUUUUCCCAGAACAGUGGCCCUCUGAUGACCCCUCCCAUCUCCCCAGCCAUGGUGAACAGGGGCAGUGUCAUCAACCAGGGCACCAUGGCCAUCAGACCCCAGAGCGCCUGCACCACCAUCCAGCCCCACAUCUCCUGCCAAGCCUUCCCAGACACCAUGUACCAGAGCCUCCCUCCCAGCAGCCCCAGCUACUACCCCACCACCUCCAACUACCAGGCUGUGUUCAGGCCCCAGACACACGCCCAGGCCCCUGCCUACCUCACCCACUCUGACAGCAGCCACUACCCGUCCUUCAGUGAACAGCACCUGGCCAAAGACUACUUCAACAGCAGCUGUGCAGUAUCCCCCUACAGCUCCAGACCCACCUCCAAUUACAGCGCAGUCCCUGAUCCUGGGAUGGAGACUCAGGGGGUUCAGCUACUGGACUCUGGAGGAUACAACUUUGAUGGGAGUGGGUUAAACAGUAGUGGCUGUCAGGAGUCUGCCUACUCAGCAGCAGGACACAAUGGGUACUACGGAAACAGUAGCUACCUGGAUAGCCAGAGGCUGGGUUCCAUGAUAGACCAGCAUGUGUCAGUUAUCAGCAGUGUGAGCAGUAUCCGCUCAGUCCCAGUGUACGGUGAAGUACACGACCCCCUCAACAUCCUGGAUGACACGGGCAGGAAGACGGCUGGGCCUUACUACACCGAGUCUGACUCACUGGGCUCCCACACACCUGGAGAUCCGACCCUCCCCUCCUCGGUCUCUGCACCCUGCAUGUACGGAGGUCCUGCCCAGUUCCACUCCCAGGAUGCACUGCUUCCUCACCGGGCACCAUCUGAGGUACGGGACAUGAUGUCAUCGCUGCCCCCCAUAAACACUGUGUUCAUGGGGUCUAGUGGAGGAGGAACGUGAGCCGUGACUGUCCCUCCCACCACCAACACUCCUCAAGCUCCUCCCACACCACUCAGUCACUGUAAACAGUGACGCAGAUCACAGACAGAAAUGUGCUCAGUGUAUCUCUCUUGUGUAGCCUUAGCGUUGGGGAAACUACUCUGAAAAUGUAGUUUACCAAGUUACCAAUUACUUCAUACUGGAAGAAGUGAAGAUACACACACUAAAGCUACCCUUAAGAAAAUGUUACUUUCAAAAAGUAGUUCACUACAUCCAAACUACUUUGUGAUCAAUAGUUAUAUCUAAUUCUGAAAUAUCAUAGACUAUAAAUUGCUCGACAUAUCACUCUGUAGUCAGAUUUUAACAGAAUGUUUAUUUUAGCCUAUUAAACACAAAAACUGUUUCAAGUGAGAAUUAGGAAGGUCUGAUGGCAAAAAACUCCACCCAUAUGAUGGCCUACUUCACCCAUAUGAUGGCCUACUUCACCCAUAUGAUGGCCUACUUCACCCAUAUGAUGGCCUACUUCACUCAUAUGAUGGCCUACUUCACCCAUAACGAUGGCCUACUUCACCCAUAUGAUGGCCUACUUCACCCAUAACGAUGGCCUACUUCACCCAUAACGAUGGCCUACUUCACCCAUAUGAUGGCCUACUUCACCCAUAACGAUGGCCUACUUCACCCAUAUGAACUACGAAAAACACCACGAUUAGAAUUUAGUUCAACUACCACCAAGCUACUGCAAAAUGUAGUUACAUUACUCGUUGAACUACAUAUAGUUCACUACUCCCCCCACACUGUGUAGCCAAUAUAUAUUUUGUAAAUUGAUGAAGGCCUCAGCUGUUCAAUGUUCAGUGAAAUAUUUUAUUGAACUGAAUUAAUUAAUCAUUUGCAAUUCAACCAUUUUAAUAUAAUUCAAUCUGUUCCUGUUCAUCUUAAUGUUGCCAGAGGAGACUUUGUUAACAUGUAAAUAUAUACCCGUAGAAUAAAGCGAGUAAUGUCAAAUUUGAAAUUGUUAGAGGCAUAAUCAGUCAAACCUGCAAGACUGGUUUGAUUGAUUAUGACAAGUAAAAAAAAAAAACAUGUUAUUUAUUUGAGUUGCCUUUAUAGCCUAUUACGGUGUAAUAUUAUUGUCUGAAAUGUAAACUUGUACUUAUCUGUAUAUGGCCGAAUGAGAGGUAGGAACUUAGAAAUGACUGUUGUUUUCAAUUCAAAUGUAUUAAAUAACAAGAACUUAUUGCUUAACUAACACAUCAGAGAGAGAGGCAGAAAGAGACACUUUGUUAGGUCGCUUUCAUGUGCUCCUUCAGGCAGUUUGGCUGGUCGUCAAUACAUCCAACAGAACAGUCUCUCUUAUCUCACAAUUCAAAACCCCCAGUGUCAAAACUCUGAAUAAACAGUCCUUUUAAUUGGUAAACUGGACCCACACCAGGCGAGGAAAGAAAGAUUACAGUCCGGAAACACAAUUGUAGAAAGCAGCGGAUCAAAGUUGAGCUUUAUCUGUGAUUAUGUGAUUAUGUGAUUUCACCAUUAUACAAUGGAGGGAGAUAUGGUUGGAUAAAGGUGUUGACCAGAAACUAGAACCAAUAGACAUGUAUGACCCACAGCAGGAUCAAGCUGUUUAUACAUAGUGACCCUUUAGAGAAACAGAGAUUGUUUUAUUCACCCGCAGGUUGUCCAAAUUCAGCUUUGUUAGUCUUGGAGCAGAUGGAAGCUAAUAAAACCAUAAUCAGUAACAUUAGAUUGACCAGGGCAUUUGUGUGGCGAAAUGACAUCAUUUCAAAGCGAUACACUUUAUUUAAAUGUAUGGAGUAGAUACGUACACUCGCAGGCUAUGGAUUAAUGUAGACUAUUCAGCAUUUGUUUCCACAACAUGAAUAAACAAAGCAAAAUGAAUGAUAACAUUACCCACCUAUCAGCCUUAUCCUUUAGCUACUCAGGGGGAAAAUCCAUUUCAGCCCAUGGACAGGAACAGAUGGCUUGAAAUGUAAUGAUUACAAAAUUCCCAACGUUAACACAGUUUAAUUACAAAGUCAAUAAUGCCUCCCAACAGUUGCGGGGCCUUUAGUGUAAAAACAACAGAAGGUUGAACGCAAACUUUGGGACAAUGUUUAACCAGAACUUUGCAUUAGGCGGUGAGUCUCCAUAUGUAGCCCAGGUGAGCCAAAGACUGAGAGACCCAGUGAUGUGUAAGGCACACCAGGCAUCACUCUGUCUGGUGGAUUUACUGUUGUACGUCAGAGCGUCACGUCGUCACACUCCUCUAACAUGACAUCAUAGUGCUGCUUGCAGGCCCCAUAGUCCCCCAAGUCACCUCAGAUAUA